UUUAAGUAUUUGGUUCAAUUCAAUUUGAAAUGUUUACACCUAUCAUUGAAGAGCUGGACGUACUCGAAGAAACAUCUCGCGAAGAUUUGCGGCAAAACUCUCAGUACAGUAUUUCUUUUGGAGUAGAGCAUAACCCAGAAAGUUUCAGAAAUUUUGAAAGUGAAGAAGUUGAGCAAGAUGUCGACCAAAAACUAAGAAUCGAGCAAAUUGCACUUGACAAAAUUGCACUUGUGAGGAGACAAUGAUGAACAUUUUGGAAGAUGAAUAAAAAAAUCAAUUUGGAUGCGAAAAUUACUGACGAAAAAGCGGCAAUACUCAAACGGGAAACAAAUCGGGCGACAAAAAAAAACCAAAUAAAAAACCUUUCCUUUGUCAACAAUUGCGCCCCAAUAAUUAUUAUGCGCGGUGGAGUAGUCUAUGCUCUGGAAAGUAAUCGAUUAUGAAUGCGUACCUCUUCGGCAGCAGAACCAACGAGCACACACAUACACAUACACAUACACACACCAUAAGGUAGCAAGGACAGUCGAUAUUGUGCUUAUUAACAGUGUUUUCUUGAAUUUUAAAACCCGAUUUUUUUUCUAUGACAAUGAGUAAAAGUUCAAUUUCUGAUGAAUUCC